AUGAAGGCCGAGCGCAUUGUGAAGGGCAUCACGUUUACCCCCAGUGAGGCAAACCCAGGCGAGACGCUUUACGUCCACGUACCCAAACUGAACGCAAAUGAAGUCAUCGUGCCAGGUUCUCUGGCGCUGCUUUUCAACAUCGACCUGACCGGCGGCCACGCAAACAUCUUUCUCGUCCAGAAUGUCUUGAGAGCUCUAGUGGACAAGUUUACUGUAAUCUUCGAGGGCACCACUCUGCAAGACACACCUGGCUAUGACAAUUACAAAAUUUUCGAGAAUCUUUUCCUUCUCUACUGCACGUGCGCGAAAACAAGAUGCAGAUGGGAGGGAUUCAAACCAAAAAACUUUCAAAGCUUCGCUCGAACGCCGGCGACAAAGUAA